UCCAACUUUUAUCAUUUCUCUCUCUAUCUCUCUCCUCCUCCUCCUCCUCAAAGCUUCCUCUUCCUCUCGAUUUAGUACCCCCUCGCUUUCUCUGCACUCGAUUCCCUUUGUUUUCUAUUCGUUGUUCUAGGGUUUCAAAUUAUUCUGAGGCUCUCCUUUCUCCACAAACCCCAUAUAAUAUUAACGCUCUCCUUCAUAUAUUAAAAUCCCCCAUUUUUUACUAUAUUUUUCUUGUUUUCUGUUCUCUUUAGCUCUCUGUGUAUGGCUGGGUUAGACUUGGGUUCAGCAUCUCGCUUGUUUCAUCAGCAGCUUCAGCUCCCUGACCUUCAUCUCCAGAGACCGCCGGAAUCUGAAGAUCAUGACUCCAACCACAGAAACCUCUUCAACUCGGAUCACCACCACCAAAUCGAAGUGGGUGAUGAUGACAGCAAUCUUCACCAAGGGCUUGAUCUUGUGACCCCAAACUCCGGAGGCUCAGGUGGAGAUGGUACUGCUCGGAGGUCCAGGGGCCGGCCUCCCGGAUCAAAAAACAAGCCCAAGCCGCCGGUGAUCAUUACCCGGGAGAGCGCCAACACCUUGAGAGCUCAUAUUCUGGAGGUCAGCAGCGGCUGCGAUGUGUUUGACUGCGUUGGAACCUACGCACGGAAACGGCAGCGUGGGAUUUGCGUGCUGAGUGGGAGUGGGAUGGUGACCAACGUGACCCUGCGUCAGCCGGCUGGGGCUGGCGCUGUGGUUACGCUACACGGCAGGUUCGAGAUCCUCUCGUUGACCGGCUCAUUCCUGCCGCCUCCUGCCCCACCAGGCGCCACCAGCUUGACGAUAUUCUUGGCAGGCGGUCAGGGUCAGGUCAUCGGAGGAAAUGUUGUGGGACCUCUCAUAGCAUCAGGGCCUGUGAUCGUCAUAGCUUCUUCCUUUACCAACGUGGCUUAUGAGAGGUUGCCGUUGGAGGAGGAAGAGGAGCAGUUUCAGAUUCAGCCGCCUGUGCCGCAGUCGUCCGGCGGUGGCGGAAGUGGAGGAGUAGGCAAUAGCAACCCAUUUCCAGAUUCGUCUUCGGGGCUUCCCUUCUUCAAUCUGCCCCUGAAUAACAUGCCUCAGCUACAAGAUAGUUGGGCUGGAAACCCUACUGGGCGGUCAUCAUACUCAUAGUUUUGUUCUAAGCUAGGUCAGGUCAGAGAAAUCGAUAUUUGCAUCAAUUAAGAGCUCAUUUGAACCCCCUUCGAUCAUCUGUACAAUUGUUUCUUGCUUAGUUUUCCUUCAAUCUCUUGUCGUUAUAACUGGUUUCUAUUUCUUAAUUUAAGUGCUUUUUAGUGUGUUGCUUGUUUGCCAA